CCCUACCACUCUCCUGCGCUUCGGCUUUGUCGCUGGUGAAAUCCCCAUCCCCAUUUUGCCACCAGCGAGCGCAGACAUCGCCGGGCGCACCUCCGGCCGCCGCGCAGCGGUGGUAAUCGCAAUUCCCAAUUCUCCAGACGCUCCUACGCAAGCCAUCAUCCACUCCGACCUCCAAAUCCACCACCAUCCUGCCUGGCCCCCGCUCCCAGACCCCGUGAUGAACCUUCCUUCCCGGGUCCGCCAUCUCCGCCGCUUACUCGCGGCCGCGCCCUUGCCAACCCUUGGCGCCACACACUCCUCCAAUCCAUCCUCCUUCCGACCGCCGCACCCCACCAGAAUCCUGCCGCUGCGGUUCCGUCCACCAAUCCUCCCAACGCGCCGGCUCUUCUCCGAGCACGCCAUCCUCCCCACUCACCUCCAGGACGAGCGCUUCGCCGCGCUUUCGGAUAGGAUCUAUGAUGCCGUCAUUAAGACGGAGGCGGAAUCCAGCGAGGGCACGGAGGCCGCUCUCGACGCGUUGGGCGCCGAGCUGACUACCCCGCUCGUCGCCGACGUGCUGCACCGCCUCCGCUACGAGGAGAAGCUGGCGUUCCGGUUCUUCGCCUGGGCGUCCCACCAGGAUGGGUACAGCCACGAACCGGCCACUUACAACGACAUCAUCGACAUCCUCUCCGGCACGCGGUACAAGAGCCGACAGUUCGGUGUCCUCUGCGACGUGCUCGACCACAUGAAGCGCCACGGCACGAGGUCGGUGCCGGUUGAGGAACUGCUGGCGAUCCUGCGCGCCUAUACGGAGAAGCACCUCACGCACAUGAGGAAGCUGGCCAAGAAGCGGCGGGUUCGGAUGCGUACGCCGCCAGAGACCGACGCGCUCAACGCGCUGCUGGACGCGUUCUGCAAGUGUGGGAUGGUCAAGGAGGCAGAGGCGGUGUUCGGCCGCGUGAAGAGGAGGUUGCUGGGUAAUGCCGAGACAUACAGUAUCCUGUUCUUUGGGUGGUGCCGAGCGAGGGACCCCAAGAAGGCCAUGAAGGUGCUCGAGGAAAUGAUUCAAAUGAAGUACACCCCGGAGAGUUUCACCUACAUUGCAGCCAUCGAUUCAUUUUGCAGCGCUGGAUUGGUGUCAGAGGCAAGGGAGUUGUUUGAGUUCAUGAGGACUGAGGGAUCGACGAUAUCAUCACCCACAGCCAAGGCGUAUUCGAUUAUGAUUGUUGCGCUAGCAAAGGCUGAUCGGAUGGAGGAGUGUUUUGAGCUGAUUUCAGAUAUGAGAAGUAGUGGGUGUAUGCCUGAUGUAUUGACUUACAAAGAUUUGAUUGAAGGGAUGUGCUUGGUGCAUAAACUGGAUGCUGCCUAUCGUGUGUUGGAGGAGAUGGGAAAGGCUGGAUUUCCUCCUGACAUUGUCACCUACAAUUGCUUUCUUAAGGUUCUCUGCAGUCUUCGAAAGGCUGAUGAUGCACUUGAACUUUGUGAGACAAUGAUAGAGGCGCAUUGCGAGCCCAGUGUUCAUAGCUAUAACAUGCUGAUGGUGAUGUUCUUUGAGAUGGGAGAGGCGCAUAGAGCUUUAGAUAUCUGGCAUGAGAUGGACAGAAGGGGAUGUAGACGUGCUAUUGAUACCUACGAAAUAAUGAUUGAUGGUCUGUUUGACUGCGGAAGAACAGAAGAUGCAAGUGCUCUUCUAGAUGAGGUUAUAAAGCGUGACAUGAAACUUUCAUACAAGAAGUUUGAUGCUAUAAUGCUGCGUUUAUCAGCUGUAGGCAACCUUGGCGCGAUACAUCGAUUGUCUGAGCAUAUGAGGAGAUUUUACAAUGUUGCGAUGUCAAGACGAUUUGCAAUCACUCAGAAGAAGAAGAGCAUAGGCCUGAGAAGGAAAUGAGUGCCAUUACUAUUGAUGCUGUGGUUUUUUGUUACUGUGGAUAAUCAGGAACUUAUUCAAAGGAUGGUUGAUGUAUGCCAGCACAUAUUGUUAUAGUAAUCUGGAGUUCAAGAAGCACACUGCAUGGACUCAUUCAUUUGUUGAACUGAACCAGGACUGUGAAUAUCAUUGCAUUUAAUUUACAUAACAUGUACAAGGUCUCUUUUAUGGCGUCCUUGUUCAUGUGUGAAAGCAGAUAUGGCUUGGGAAAUUUGUGAUUGAUUAACCAUGGUACAAGGGUGUACAAUAUAUAGGCAAGGAGAUCCUAGGGUUUAUGGAAAUGGCACCCAAUCAAGGAGAUCCUUGCCUAAUACAGAUAUACAACAACAACAACAACAGUAGCAUAGCCUUUUAUCCCAAGCGUGUUGGGGUAGGCUAGAGUUGAAACCCAAAAGACACAAAGGUCACGGUUCAGGCACGUUGAUAGCUAGUCUACAAGUGCUCUUAUCCAAAGCUACCUCCUCAGGGAUAUCUUAAUCUUUAAGGUCUCUUUUAACCGACUCGUCCCAAGUCAGUUUAGGUCUACCUCUACCCCUCUUUACCUUAUCGACACGCUUUAGCACCCUACUACACACCGGCGCCUCAAGAGGCCUCCGUUGGACAUGUCCAAACCAUCUCAACCGAUGUUGGGUAAGUUUCUCCACAAUUGGUGCCACCCCUACCCUUUCCCGAAUAAUUUCGUUCCGGACUCUAUUCCUCCUUGUGUGCCCGCAAAACCACCGCGACAUCCGCAUCUCUGCUGCACUCAGUUGCUGGACAUGUCGCCUUUUUUAGGCCAACAUUCAGCACCGUAUAACAUCGCUGGGCGAAUCGCUGUCAUAUAGAAUUUACCUUUUUAGUUUUUGUGGCACUCUCCUGACACAGAGGACACCAGAAGAUUGACGUCAUUUCAACCAGCCAUAUGAGAUUCUAUACCUAACAUCUUCAUCAAUGUCGCCAUCCUUUUGUAGCAUCGAACCUAAAUACCGAAAAGUGACCUUCUGGGCCACCAUUGCCUAAUACAGAUAUCACCUACCAUGAACCCAAGAGGCUGCUGGGCUGCUAAGCCCAUGCGCCUGGCCCUACUAGGCCUGCUGCAAAUACUGUCUAACAAUGUGGGUUCCUUAUGCUCAAACAAAACAUGUACUCCUGUGUAAGCCUAAAACUAAAUUUCCUUCCGUUAAACAUGCGACCUACACCACAUUCGUCAACUCUCUACAUAUUUCUGAAUAUCGAUUUAUGGGUUAUUUCAAAACUCAGCUGCUCAAGGAAACAUUUUACUGAUAGCUUGUUACAAGUUCGUUUUCCCUAAAAUGGGAUGGAGUUGCACCCUUACCUUUAUUGCUACUGUGUUUGUAUGUAGUGGGUGACAAUGACUGGAAUUUGGUUGUUUUGUCUAGUGUCCAAAGUUGAAACCUAACUUCAGUAUAUUUAGUGUGUGCACCACAGCUGCACCAAACUUGUGGUGCUAAUUGUGGCUACAGAUGCUAACUAGUGAAUAGAAAUAUGCACUCUAGCAAUCACAAAAGAUUAGAGUGAAACAAACAGAUGACUUGCUAGUGAGUGGUGACCAAGAAAUUUGGUAGACCUCUAAUUUGGUAUAACUGAACCAAGAUUCGAUCACUGGAGCGAGUAGAUAGAUGGACAUGGACAUGGACUAUAGUCGUUUGGUACUUGCCCGCUUGCUGCAUGGACGUAGGAGUAUCAGCUAUCGGGUAACUUUCAGGUCUUCAAUGAUCCUAGCAUUAAGCUUCAUCAGGCUUUAACUAAUGUUCAGUCUUGUACCUCCGUACUUGCAGGUAACGGCUACUGGUUAUCAACAACAUGACCAGCGUGUCACUCUGGAUCUUGUGCAGUUGCUGUACCAAGCAAUCAACAGCAAUGAACUAAAGGCUCCUGCGAGCUAGACUUAGGACGGCCAUAGCUGCACGGCCUUUCUCCAGCUGAGCCUGAGAACCUGGAACACACCGUGACAAUAAACCCUUGAAUUGAUAACUGUCCAUUCGGGUUUUUUCACAGAAGAACCGUCCAUCCAUCGGAUUCCUUCAACAAGCGAGCGCUGAGCGCAGAUGAAGUUCUCUGAAGUCGAGACCUUGCGGGGGCCCGGCCGCCCGGGCGAGUGCUUCGGGUGUCGCGAUGUUCAGGAGUCCCGAGGUAAAAUAUGGCUGUGGCCUGUGGGCUGUGGCUCUGACAAAAAAUAUCAGCCCUGUUUAGAUUUUUACCCGAAAAUCCGUAAACAUGAAAAAAAAGUCACAUCUAAUGUUGGGAUUCAUGCAUGAGUAUUAAAUGAAGUCUAUUUAUAAAUUUUUUUGCAUGGAUGAGC